AUGCUUGAUCAGCCAUCCACACCUCUCCACCUACUUAUUGCUACUACGGGGAGCGUCGCAAGCAUAAAACUUCCGUUAAUUGUCAAGACGUUGUCAUUGCAGUACUCUGGAAUCGAGAUACAAGUUGUGGCCACGCCUCACUCUCUUCACUUUUAUGAUGAAACCAAGGUAUCGGCUGAAGACGGUGAGCCGGUCAAAGUCUGGAAAGACGCUGACGAAUGGAGCAACUGGGACAAAGUAUCAGACCCAAUAUUACACAUAGAGGCGAGUUAUCCAGAAGGUAUUCUCCGGAGGUGGGCCGACUUGAUCCUAGUGUGCCCAUGUUCGGCAAACACCUUGGCCAAAUUAGCGGGAGGAUUGUGCGAUAAUCUGCUGACAUCACUCCUUCGCGCAACAAACCCUAAAGAGAUUCCUGUCAUAUUAUUUCCGGCCAUGAACACGUACAUGUACGAACAUCCUUUAACCCAGAGACAUAUUGGGAUUGUACGGAAUGAGAUAGGUUACGAGGUAUCAGGUCCGGUGUCUAAAACUCUUGCCUGCGGUGACACAGGCAUAGGAGCUAUGACAGAAUGGUCGGAUAUCGUCAAAAUGGUCGUGGACCGAUUCCACCUGGAAUUGAAAGUGGUUACCGCACAGUGUAGCAAAGAUCAUUGA